GAAGAAUUCGAGGAGUCCGUGUUCAACAGCGUAGCGCGGCACCGCCCCGAGACCCUCACGCAGCUCGCGCGCACCACGCGCUUCACCCCGCACGAGAUUAAGCUCAUGUACCGCGGUUUCAAGCAGGAGUGCCCGUCGGGGGUCGUCGACGAGGAAGCUUUUAAACACAUCUUCUCUCAAUUCUUCCCACUCGGAGAUGCGUCGCAGUACGCCCACUACGUGUUUAAGACGAUAAAGCACAAGCAAACUGGCACCGUCAAUUUUGAGGAGUUCCUGGAAAUCCUGUCCCGCGUGGCGCGCGGCUCGGUGCAGGAGAAACUUUCAUGGGUAUUCACGCUGUACGAUGUCGAUGGCGACGGACGCAUUUCCAGAUCCGAGAUGCUGGCGGUGGUACAAGCAAUCUACGAGCUGCUAGGGCGCGGUACGACGCCGCCAUCGCAUCCGAAGGCUGCCAGAGACCAUGUCGACCGGAUCUUUCACCUGAUAGAUACGAACGCGGACGGAGUCGUGACCCCUGACGAGCUCGCGAGCUGGUGCACGCGUGAUCCCGCUCUGCUGCACUCGCUGGAUCAGUUGGACACCAUUUUGUGAUCGAGUCGGACCGCGCCGCAACAAUCAGACGGCGCCCAAGCGUCCUGCUCUCGGCAUAAUCCAGGGCCUGCCCCCCAGGUGUCCCCCCAGACGUCCCCCCAGGCGGCUCCAAAGACGUCCCCCCAGGUGGCUCCCCAGACUUCCACCCAGGUGUCGCCACAGGUCACCCCACAAGUUGCCCCUCAAGUUUCCCCUCGACCAGACACAAGCGCUGCUCCACCGCCCCCUAUACGGACCACGGCCUCUGUUUCAACUACGGGGGCUCGCCAACCACCACCAGUGCCUGCUAGGGCCAGCGCCAUUACAACUAUCACCGAAGAGACCGCUCCGCGCAAGUCUUCGAAGCGCCGCGGUCGCCGAGGCUCGUCGCCCGCACCGCAGCCACGGUGAACUCAGCCUUAUCGUCUGCUCUUAGGGAUCAAUACUGUGCUUCUUCUUCCACGUUGACACGAUCGACCAAAAAGGGGCCCAUGUUUUUGACACUAGACGGCCUUGCGGUAGUUAUUGUCUAAUGCGAUUAGGGUUUGUCCAGAUGAAGCUAAUCAGCAAAAUAAUAUUUCAUUUAAGAGAUGGCGGAGAAGGAUUUUUCGUAACUAUGAUUUGCUAAGCGUUCUAAAACGUUCUAUUCCAUUAUGCCACGGUUACCACGCUGCUUUGCCAAGAGGUCCUGGGUUCGAUUUCUGGGCCGGGAGUAAUAUUUGUAUAGGUAGCCUACAUUUAUUUUUCUCGUAAGUUUGGGUGUAAAUUGUGUUUGUCUGUGUGUAGGUUCAUGGCACCCGUGAUACACGGUUUCCCUAGUGCGUCGUUAUCAAUAUAAGUGUGUGUACAUAAAUCAAACAAAAUAAUCAAUUAUUUAGAAGUAUUUAUUGCUACGCUGAAGAUGAAUGACACUACAUAAGUGUUAGGGACUGCU